CUUAGGAUACUGAUUAAUUCCAAAUUUUUAUGAUACUCGUAAUUACAGUUAUUGCUGCGUUUGUCGGUUUGUGGUUUGUUUUUGUAAUGCAGCGUUACAAUUAGAGAAACACUGAACUAGAAAACGUUAAGCGUUAACGUUUUCUAGUUUUCUAGUAACGGCGAAUUACUAGUUGGCAACGUGCUGAAGUUGGCAAAUUGUCGUUUGCUGCGGUUUGCUUAUUUGAACUGUGAAUCGAGUUGUGAUGUUUUCGUUUGCGAAUUGGCGGUCCUAAUUGAGGGUUUCAUAGUCAGCGGUGGAAGAAAACAGCACGACGAAUCCUUUGCGUCUGGAAGUAUCGCAGGACUGUCAGACUGGUGAGCGAGUUCAGUUGGCAUAUGCUGCGAGGCAUUCGGAGAAUUGUGUGACUGGACUUGGAGCUCAAGCACAGCCUUUUUCGCCAUUUAUUUCGAGACGGUCUUUUGAUCGCCGUUUGAAGCCCAGGUGUUCCUUUGUGCGUCUUACCCCGUCUAGAAGUUUCCCCGAGCAGUGCGUGAGACUGCUGAUCCCGUCGAGUGUUCGGUUCUACGUAUUUCUGUUUGGAUCUGCUGAUCUGGUUGUGAUUCCCCAGGAUGUCAGGCUAUAAUGAUAACAGCGGUUUUUAUCCCUCCAACUACGGAUGGCCGGAUUCCUCGACGACAGGGAACGGACCAGCUGGUCCCGGAGCGUCUUCCGUGCCAAACCCAGCUGGUUACAACGCUGCUCCUAUGUAUAAUCCGACGUCUUUCGGAACACCAGCAGACAACUCGUACAUGUACAUGCAACAAAAUAAUGUAGCAUCACAACAGUUUGGUCAAACUGGUGCUGUCGUGGAGGAUGUCGAAAAUGAGCCACCUUUAUUAGAGGAACUUGGUAUAAAUUUCGACCAUAUCGUACAGAAGACGCUGGCUGUGCUGAAUCCUUUUCGUAAGCCGGAUGCCAGCAUCAUGACCGAUUCGGAUCUGGCUGGACCAUUCGUCUUCUGUUUACUCUUCGGUGGACUUUUAUUGCUGCAUGGGAAAAUCCAUUUCGGGUACAUUUACGGGAUCGGUGUGUUGGGCUGUUUAGGGAUGUAUUCGCUGUUGUCACUAAUGAGCGCGCAGGGCGUCUCGAUGGGUUGCGUUGUUAGUGUGUUGGGCUAUUGCUUGUUGCCCAUGGUCCUGCUCUCGGGCGUUUCCAUCAUCAGUACGCUCCAGGGCAUCGUGGGAACAGUGGCCGUCGUCUUGACCAUCGUAUGGUGCAGCUGGAGUGCCUCCAAACUUUUUGUCACCGCCCUGUCCAUGGAUCACCAGCAGCCACUAGUGGCCUACCCAUGUGCUUUAUUAUAUGGAGUGUUCUCAUUGCUCACCGUUUUCUAAUUUACGAAAAAAUGUUUUUAUUGAAAAUGUUUAUGUUAUCGCACUUCCCGGCUGUUAAUUUUGUGCUAAAUUUAGUUGGGUGUUUUCGGGGUUGGUCCGUUAGAGAUUAAAGUUUUUGAGGAAUGA